AUGGUGGAAUGUGUCAAAUUAGCUGUAAGUGAUUUCCAGACCAUUGGUGCUGAGUCGCUGAAGUUGGGGUGGGUGAUGGGAAACUCCAAGGACCCUGCUCCUAGAAUGUGGGCAAAGGACUUUUGGUGUUACAGCUCUGAGGGAAAAGCUAUCCUGGUAGUUGGAAGCCAAGGAAUACCUCAAGGAAGGCUCACAGCCCAGAAGAGCUGUCCCUACUCCUCACUCCUUGUAGGAGAGGAGCAGAGGCUGCCAGUUAUUCAAAGCUGCUGCAGUGCUCCUGGCCUCCGGGGCCUUGUCAGGGAGCUACACCCAUUCAGCACUGCCACCCAAAGAACUGCUGGGGAAGACUGCAGUUCUGAGGACCUUCCUGAUGUACUCGGUCCCUCCCUUGCUGAACAAGCCUUAAGGCUAAAAGCUGUUAAACUGGAAAAAGAAGCCCAGGAUUUAAUACUGAGAUACCAGAGAGCUUUCGCUGAUUGUGAAAACGUAAGGAUACGAACCCAGAGAUGUGUGGAAGAUGCCAAGAUAUUUGGAAUCCAGAGCUUCUGUAAGGACUUGGUGGAGGUGGCAGACAUUUUGGAGAAGACUGCAGAGUGCUUUUCAGAAGGAGUCAAACCCGAGGACCACAAGCUUAUUCUGGAAAAAGUCUUUCAAGGACUGUCCCUUUUAGAAGCAAAGCUGAAAAGCGUGUUUGCCAAGCAUGGCCUAGAGAAAAUGACACCCAUUGGUGACAAAUACGACCCUCAUAAGCAUGAACUCAUCUGUCAUAUGCCAGCAGGUGUUGGGGUACAGCCUGGCACUGUGACAUUAGUACAACAAGAUGGCUACAAACUUCAUGGCCGCACCAUUAGACUUGCCCAAGUGGAAGUGGCAGUGGAGUCUCAGAGAAGGCUAUGA